CAACACAAUAAGUUGAAUAACACGGAGAAAAAUUAUUCGGAUCAAAGCAUCUGGACAUCACCCUCUACAUCAGGUCGAGGUUCACCGCGAACCGUCGAGUUGACGAGUUCGCGUCGGACUUCAGGGCUAAUCUGUGCAUGGGGAGUUGCGCGUACGACGUCGAGUAGUGCAUCUUUUUGGUCGGGAGUUAAGUCCGCUGCGUAUCGUUGAACAAAAACAAGCAAGCUCUGGUGCCAUAACACCGGUAACUUCUCACUCUCUCCUCUCUUCGCCUUGUACGUGUUCGAAAGCCGGAUGAAGUGGAAUACAAGCGCGUCGACGACUUUAUACGGUAAUGCGUACUUCUUAUCCACAAGCACACGUAUGAAAAGUGAGUUCGGUCCGGAGUAGUCCAUAUUCGCUAGACGGAGGAUCGCAGCAGCAGAAUGUACCAAGGGCACUUUGACUUUCGCUAGUAUACUCGCGAUGAUAGCACUCUCUUUGAGCGUAGCGCCGCUUUCGAGUAACGGGAAAAUAAUUCCCUUGAAGAACGCUCCUGGUUUGUAUAACGAUCUUUUUAAUGCUUCAUAGUAAUGUACGUUGAGCUUCCCAUGUUCAGCGAUGUCCGCUCGUACAGCGUCGAGUACGACACCUUGGAGGUAAACGCGUGCUUGAGGAGGUUUCAUGUUCGAGAUGAAGAUACGUGUUGCUGCGCGGCAGGCUUGGGGAGACCAGUUUUCGGGAUGGGUGAGUGCGAGGAUGCGAGCCCAGGCGGGGAGGGAAGGGAUGAUUUUGAAGGCUUUUGGGAGAGGACCGGAUUUGUAUUUGCCCUUUUGUAGGAGGUGGCCGACUUUUGUAUAGACUUCGACGACUUUUGGGUUGAGGCCUUCUGCAGGGUCGGGUGCACGAUCCGGGUCUUGUAUCCGUACUUUUGAUAUUUUAUGUACAGUAUUUGGGUCUGCCUGAUCAUGUUCUUCUAGCUUUGCAAAUAUCAUGUCCGCUAGUGUUUUUCGUUCUGUUGCAUUGUGCGGUCGAAGUGCAUCAAGAGUCUCCAAGUCUUCUGCGUCUAUUUGUAGCUCUGGAUAUUCUUCUUCCUCUAGUAUCUCGUCUCCAGAUUGGCCACCCAUAUCAUCUUCCUCAUCGUCUGUGUCGCUCGUCGAUCGGGUUUGCAUGAAAGUCGCCCGACUAGUGUCCUUGUCCUCAUCUUCUUCAUCGUCUGGCUGUUCCAGUUCGUCCUGCUGCACCUUCGCAAGCUCGAAGAUACGUUGAGAUGUCUUGGGGUCAAGUAUUACCUCCCCGCCUUCUUCAUCCUCAUCUGUCCUGUGUGCUUUCUUUCGCUUUCCAGGACGAGAUACAGUCCCAUAUUUCUCAUGGAGCUCGUCCUCCUUCAGUUGAACAUGAAGAGGAUCAUGUCUUGUUUUACCGGUGGCCUUUGUAGCUCGUGGCAUGUCGUUCUCAGAGUAGCCUGUAGGACGGCGCGUGGUCCAGGCGCGGUACGAGAAAAAUUCAGAUCAUUUGCGCGUUUUUCGGCUCAUUUACCGGCGGGACUACCGGAUAUGGCAAUCCCGUGCUAAUUUUAUCUACUGCAUUCACUCACGAUGGCGAACAACUCCAGUGCAACAGACACCGCUCUUUUGUACUCAAUGACCGCCAGUUCACGGAAAAUAUUACAAACUGCAUCCUCGACCCUCGACAAGGAGGGAAAGGAAAUCAGCACUGUCGGCUUCUCGCGCUUCGGCUUCGACUGCGAGGUCCAACUUAGCGCUCUACGUGCUCUAUACCUUCGCCCCCACUAUGUAAAUACUUCGCAUACCAAGCCUGCUGCCAAUGGCUCCGCCGAUGUUGAGCAAGACAUCGUCAAGAUUGACGAUGAUCAUGGCUGGUUCACUGGUGGAGACGUGGACAUGUAUCAGUCAAAGUCUAUUUUCCAUCCUGAUACGCAUUCUAUCUCGUACACUACUCUCAGCCGAUUCCCGCCUGUGAAGCUCCUUACACCGUCUCAUCGCAAGCGGAUUCUUGUUACUGGCGGUGCCGGUUUUGUCGGCUCUCAUCUGGUGGAUCGACUCAUGCUCCUUGGCCAUGAAGUCACUGUCCUCGACAAUUUCUUCACUGGUUCACGCACGAACGUGAGUCAUUGGAUCGGCCAUCCUAACUUUGAGAUGGUCCGUCAUGAUGUGGUUGAGCCGUUCAUGAUUGAGUGCGACCAAAUUUACCACCUGGCAUGUCCUGCCUCGCCACCUCACUAUCAGUCGAACCCAGUGAAGACAAUCAAGACCUCGUUCAUUGGCACUCUCAACAUGCUGGGACUCGCCAAGCGAACAAAGGCACGCUUCUUGAUUAGCAGUACAUCAGAGGUGUACGGUGACCCAGAAGUUCACCCACAGCCGGAGACUUACUGGGGGAACGUAAACCCGAUCGGUGUACGGGCUUGCUACGACGAGGGAAAGCGAGUUGCUGAGACUUUGACAUAUGGAUUCCACCACCAGGACGGUGUGGACGUCCGAGUAGCUAGGAUUUUCAAUACUUACGGUCCGCGAAUGAAUCCUGCGGAUGGACGCGUUGUGUCGAACUUUAUUGUCCAGGCACUUCGGGGCGAAGACCUUACCGUCUACGGCGGUGGGAAGCAAACGCGCUCGUUCCAGUAUAUUCACGAUCUGAUCGACGGGUUGAUCGCGUGCAUGAACUCGGACUUUAACGAACCUAUUAACAUUGGUAACAGUGAAGAAUUCACGAUUGCUCAGUUUGCGGACGUCGUGCGCGAGGUUGUCGAGAAGGUACAAAAAGAGGAUGGUGUGGAGAACGCAAAGCGCGUCGGAGUACGUAACUUGGCUAUGCCAAAGGACGACCCUCAGCAGCGCAAGCCGGAUACGACGCGUGCGAAAGAGGUGCUUGGAUGGCAGCCACGCUGGACUGUUCGGAUGGGCCUUGAGGAGAUGGUGCGCUACUAUAAGGCAAAGAUGGCUGAAGGCAGCCUCUGAUAUUGAGCAUUGAAACGUAUUGUUGUUCUCUGGUUUGGGACUUAUGAAGACGAUGACUUUUAUUUGGUAUAGAUUUGCGAACUGUUGUUGUUGUUCUUUUCCUUGGUAUUUUUGAUACAUUGUUAGAGAGAUACGGACAUGGACAGUACCGUUUUGUUGUAACAGAGUGGUUUCACUACUCAGCAUUUCAAUAUUUAGUGUCGGCACGGCAAGUCCCGUACUAUAAUAAAGUAAUCGACGCGCAGCCCGACUCACGAUAAUUUAGACACGCGUCUCAUCCUCGCGCAUAUCACCAAGUCUUACAUCUACGAUGGAGGCAAAACUCACUCAACUACAAAGCAUAAGCCAAAAAGACAAAGCACAAGGUUACCUCUCUCUGCUCUCCGAAGCGUUCGCUCAGCAAGAUGGCGAAGGCGUGGCGCGCGACGUGCAUACAAUCCUACGAAACGCGCUCACUCAGGAACAUGUUGGACAGGUGGUCCAGAGGCAGGUACUUAGCGCGUUGGCUGAGAGAUUGGCGAAUGGAGCUGUGAAGGAUGGGGUGUUGAAGAAGAGGAUUGUGGAGGAUGCGAUUGCGGUUGCGCAGCCUUCUGGUGGACAUGUUGCCGUUCAGCAGUUUGAGGAGCAGGUCAAUAGUCUACGUUUCCAAUUAGCUGACUUGCUUGAGGAAGAGGAAGACUGGAGUGGCGCCGCUCGCGUCCUCAUGGGUAUCAAGCUCGACUCCUCAUCAGAUGACACCAAACGAAAAGUCUACAUCCGAAUCAUCCGACUCCUUCUCGAAGAAGAAGACAGCGUCCAAGCAGAGACAUACUACAAUCGCGUAUUACCACUUAUGCAUUCCGCUGUUGACGCCGAGACGCAAUUGCAUUUUAAGUUGUGUCAAGCGAGGUUGAGUGAUUAUGCGAGGAAGUUCCUUGAGGCUGCUAUGAAAUAUCAUGAUAUUAGUUGGAUGGGGAUCGUUGAUGAGGAAGAGAGGAUGUUGGCGCUGUUAGUCGUUCAUUUCGCAUAUAUCUGGACUGUUGUCUUGGUUUAUUCUGACUCUCGAAUUUUCUUUUGGUAUCCUGUAUAGGUCGGCAGCGGUGACUUGCGCUGUCCUAGCACCAGCAGGGCCAAACCGCUCCCGCGUCCUCGCAUCUCUAUGUCGAGACGAACGAACAGCCUCACUCCCCUCAUACAACAUCCUCACCAAGAUGUUCCUCGAUCGGAUCUUACGACCAGCAGAAGUCAAAGAAUUCGAAGCAACGCUCAAACCACACCAACUUGCAAAGAUCGCACAGUCGUCGAAUGACCGAUUGGCUGCUUCUCGUGCUGGUGACGCGGACGAUGCGAACGUGGCUCCUGGAGAAGUAGCAUCGACUCGUACGGGACCGAGUACCGUAUUGGAUCGUGCGGUACUCGAGCACAACUUACUCGCAUCAUCAAAAGUGUACAAUAACAUCACCUUCCGCGGACUCGGUGCAUUACUCGACUUAACACCAGGCGCAGCUGAGACGAUGGCGCGCCGAAUGAUUGAGCAAGGGAGGUUAAAAGCCUCGAUUGACCAGGUUGAGCGAUUAAUCUGGUUUGAGGAUAAUAAAGAAGAGGACGACGCACAGGGCAAGGCGGGUGGACUUGGUGAGGUCGAUAUGCAGACGGAAGAUACUGGAGCGCCGUUCACGAAGAAGUGGGAUAGACAGAUUCGGAUGACUGCUGCUAGCGUCGAAUCAAUCGUACAACAUUUAGCUGACAAGAAUCUCGUGUCCUUCCCCGCGUAGCAUUCUUCAAGCCGUUGAGAACAUUUGACGAAGUUAUCACUGUAGUAAACCUUGCUGUACCGCCUUGCUUUCCCACACGCCAAGUCUCGAUCAUCCAACGCACAAUAUAAC